AUGACGGAUCCGUUAGAACAGAGGUACGCAGUGAAAUUUUGUGUUCUACUCGGCAAAAAUACUGUGGAAACCAACGAGAUGAUUAAACAGGCCUUCAAGGACAAAGCCUUGUCCGAAUCCUCGGUCAGGAAGUGGCACAAGAUGUUCCGUGACGGAAGGGAAGAGGUGACCGACGAAGCCCGCUGCAUCAAGUCGAAGCUCAAAGGCAAGCAUUGGGGCACAAUUAAGGACAUCCAAGAAGCUACGACGAGGGCGCUGAAGGACCUACCCGUUGACGUCUUCCAGGGGGCCUUCCGGGCAUGGAAAACUCGCCUACAAAAGUGCAUCGAUGCUGAAGGGUAUGCAUGCCUGUACAAAAGAGGUCCACAGCCAGGCUACAUCUUCUUAUUUGAUAUGCAAGGAGUCAAAUUGGGCCACUUAACGCGUGUCAGUUUGUCCUUUCAAAAGGAAAAGCAAAGGUCACUGCGCAAAUUCUUCACCUACAUCCAAGAAGCGUUACCUGUCCGCAUGAAGGAGAUCCACGUCCUCAACACAGAGCCCAUACUUGAUAAACUUUUGCUGCUAAUCAGGCCAUUUAUGGACAAGAAAUUCUUUGAUAUGAUCAAAUUUCACCACAAAGACGAGAAUUUGGAGAAUUUCUACGAAACUGUCAUACCUCGUUCAGCUCUACCUCCAGACUACGGUGGCACUUUAUCCGAUACUCAAACACUUCACAAGAAAUGCAUGCAGUAUUUACAAACAAUAGAGCCUUACUUCGUAGCAGAAGAGGCUCAAAGGCAUGUUGCCAUAGCCUUUAAAAAGGGAGAAAAAGGUUUGGAACGGAAUUUCAAAAAGUUAGACAUAGAUUAAAAUUUACGUUUCCACAAUCCUAAAUUAAAUAGAAUUUUGUG